AUAAAUAAACAAAAGCUUGCCUCUGUAAGUAUUUAUUUAAUUUGGCACAGAAACUACGCGCUCCAGGUCGAUCACCGGGAGGGGAAUUCAACAAACACACCCAAGGGAUUAACGGAGGAUGUGUGGUAUGGAUGUGGACCUAGACGAUGGCAGCUCAGGUGAGGAGGAGAAAGAGGAGGAGUUCUGGAUCGGGGAGGGGGUGAAGAUGCUGCCCCCUCCCGUGGCCCACAGCGGGGGCAGUGCGUGGGGCAGUCGGAGGGGCAGCUGCGGCUGCGUGGCCUGCGGGGCAGCUCUCAUCCUUUGGAAUCUGUGUGUCAUCUUAGCCAGCGCUCUGCUGCUGGCUGUGGUCUUCUCUGUGGUGCUGCUGCCUGCAAUGCUGCUGCUCUAUGCUGGUUUCCUCUGCCAUUCAAGGGUCCUUGACGCCCCCUCCGCCAUCUGCCGUUACCUUGACGACAACAGCUGUUCCGCCCUUAUCAUCCUGGGCUUUGUGAUGAUGUCGCCACUCGUGGUCGUGGCGGCUGCAGUCUUCUGCGGGCUGCUCAGAAGGUUUCGACUCCUUCUUCUGAUUCAGCCGAUCACACGUGCCUGGUACCGAGGGCGGCUGCUGGACUGGGCGGGCAGUGUCCACGCCUGGGUCUGAUCGAGAUGGAACAAGAGGCAUUGAUCGUCGUGAGGGUUGCACGUAACAGCCAGGAUGGAUCAGAAAAGUUUGAUCAGUGUGAUAUCAACCAGAGAGGAACAGGGGGUAGUGAAAUUAUCAGGAAGACCUUAGAAAAUGAUGCAAUUCUGUACAAGAGUCCUAUAAUAAGUCCUUUCUUUCCAAAACAUGAUCAGUUUUUGUUUGUCAGAGAAAUGUAGGUUAAGGAAUAGUUUAAUAUUUUGGGAAAUUCUCCUAUAUGCUUGGCAAGAGUCUACAACCAGCAGACAGCAGUUAGCUUAACUAAGACUGGAAAUGGGUAGAAACCGUUAGCCUGACUCAGCCUACCAGCACUGCUUAAGUUCACUGUUUAACACCUUAUAUCUCCUUUGUUUAAUCUGUACAUAAACAGAAAUGUAGCAACAACAAGUUGUGGUUUUACGGGGGGUCAUGUACGGGACUCUUUCUUGGCCAGGCCCAGUCACUUUCUGGAGUCUCUGCUGCUUACCUAAGAUAACUGCCUCUUGUCUCUCGCUUUAAACUUAACCGAGAGUGGUGACAAUCCCCUCAUCUAACUCUCAGAAAGAAAGCAAAUAAACCAAAUUUCCAAAAUGUUGAACUAUUUCUUCAAGACUAAUUAUGGAGGUGUUUCUGAAUUGAAUUGCAUACUGAAAGGCUGAAAGGUAUUUCUGUUAUUUUUUCUAUCCCCUGCAUAUUUUGGCUCAUAUUGUGAUUUGUUGCAAGUACAAAAAAUAAGAUUGUGCUUAAGUUCAUUGUAGCAAUUUCCACCUCAGUCUUAUUUGGCUUUGAAGUAGAAAAUGGCUAAUUUUCUGUGAUUCAUAGAGUGGCAUCUUUGUACUAUAGCCUCACAUUCAAAAAUGACAAAGAUUACAAAACAUUUUCUGCAUUUUAUCUGAGAGAACAAAAUGGCUCUUGGGACAGUCCAGAAAGAAAAUAAUCCCUUAAAUCUUUAUGGAAAGACUUAAAGAUUUGUCAAUUUCUUGAUAUGAGGUUAUAGUUUGAGGUGAAUGACACAAUGUUUUUGUGAUUUUGUAUUGCCUGCUGGCUAACUAUGUUGACAUAGUUACAUGUGGAAUACUCUCAGAAAUGUAUUGUUGUGAAGUUAUUUGUUUUUGCACAUUAGAAGUCUAGCAACAGGUCAAUUUCAAAUAUCCUAUUUGGUGAUUUGUUUGGGUUUAACUUGGUCCAGAAUAUUGGGGUAAGUUUCCUGGGGCCUUCAAACACUCUGAAAAACAGAAUAAAAUAUAAAAUGUUGGAUAAAAAGCAGCAUUUAAUAUUGUUUGUGUGGUGAAUUAAAAGGACAAUGAUGUUUGUACUUGAACAAGUCUCUGGUGUAGCAUCAAGCAGUUUCGUAUUGUGGAAGGGGAGGGUGCAUUUGAAACUUAUUUCAUUUUAGUGGAUCUUUUAGAUCAUAUUGUGCCAUGAGAACACGCUCUUCAUUAUAAAAACAACACAAGCUGACAGCAUGACAAAAUAAUGGCUGUUUCGUGGAAGCCAGGUGUUGAAGAGGGAUUUUGAAUCACCAGACCAGGAGCUCAUUCUGCUGUCUCUUAGCUUUCAGGUCAUUUAAAUUCAUCAGCAACACACGCAAUGCACAUCCUUUUUAUCAGUGUGUCCUCACUCUGUAAUUAAGUGUUCUGAUUUGAGGUCUCAUUUCUCGGAAGAAAGCCUUGAUUCAUAUUUAAUGAGCCGCAGUUAUUACAUGCCCCGUGCCAUUGUUGAAAUGCUGCUAUACUGAAAUGUAUUUGUUUUUAUUUAAAUGUAUUUAUUUGUGUGUUUUGUCUGUUUAUGUCCCGGUCCUAUUAUUUAUCCUCCAUUCACUGUAAAAUGUUUGUUUACAGUAAUGAAUCUGUGUUGGUUCCAGUAUUUGAGAGAACUGUACAGGAAAAUAAAUGAUGUUUAUUUCUUUUUGUUUUUGCCAGGUUAUGUGCCAGUAAAUAUCACCCCCAAAAACAAUUUACUGGAAAGAUGAUGGUGGUUAAUCUAGGUUUCUCUUUUUUUUUAUUCAGCUUUUGAUUUCAGUGCUAUCAUGAAAACAGUGACAUAAUUCCAUGUUCAGACCUUCCAUCAAUAA